GGUAGGGUGGGCACCUACGAAAUCCAAAAUCCGUCAUACGUCCAAAAGCCAUCGUUCAAAACCUUCUCAUUAAUGAAAGAAAUUGGAGGCUGAGUUGGAGCACAGAGCAAAGAUGGAAGAGAGAAACGCAUCUGUCCAUGGAGGAGAAAGUGGCCAUGUGGUUGAUGAGAUGGGGAGGUGCGUCUGGGAAAGAACAGAGGAGAAGACCCUGGGUCUGGACAAUGGAAAUACAGCAGCAGAGUGCCGGCAUUUCAGGGGUUUCUCCUACCUGGAGGCUGAGGGACCCCGAGAGGUUUGCAGCCGACUCCACCACCUUUGCCGCCAGUGGCUGAAGCCAGAAAGGAACACGAAAGCUCAGAUGCUGGAUCUGGUGGUCCUGGAGAAGUUCCUGGCUGUCCUGCCCCCAGAGAUGGAGAGCUGGGUCAGAGAAUGUGGAGCAGAGACCAGUUCCCAGGCGGUGGCCCUGGCAGAAGGCUUCCUCCUGAGCCGGGCAGAGGUCAAGGAGCAGGAAGAGAAGCAGGCAGAAGAGAUUUCACCCGAAGAAGCUGCUCAAUUUCCUGAAGCAGAGAAGACUCCAUUGGACACCAGGGAGAGGCUCCUGCUCAAAGGGAUCCUGCAGGAGAAUGAUGGAGAGGCCACCUCACCAGGUGGCGGAAUGACCCUGAUGCUUCCUUCUAGACCUUCUCCUGUAGGAUUGGAAAUGGAUGAUGUACAGGUUCCAGUUACUUUGGAGGAAGUGACCGUGUAUUUCGUGGAGGAAGAAUGGGCUCUGCUGGAUCCGGACCAGAAGGCUUUGCACAAGGACGUCAUGGAGGAGAAUUACAGGAACUUGGUUUCUCUGGAAAAACAUCUGGUUCCCAAAUCUGACCUUCUCUCCGGGCUCAAGAAAGAGCAAGAUCCAUUUGCUGAGGGCUAUGAGGAGGAAGACAGAUCAGCAGGUGAAGUGAGAGGGAAUGAGAAAGAGGGUGAACAGCAGAGGUGGAAAACCAAAGCGAAACAGAAACGGCAAAAGGAAUCCAUUGGAGUCCAUGGAAUUCCAGGGCUAGAAGAAUUUUACAUCAGAAGCAACAGGGGAAAAAUCACUCCAUGUGCAAAACUCUUCACGGAGCUGAAACCCCUCAGUGGUGAUCAAAGUGUUCAUACAGGGGAGAAGCUCUAUCAAGGCUCUCAGUGUGGAACGGGUUUCAGGGAGAGCACAAACGGUACGAAUCAUUUCAAAAUCCACCCAGGGGACAAGCCGUAUACAUGCUCGGAAUGCGGAAAGGGCUUUAGAAGGAGUUCACACCUUUUCUCACAUCAAAGAACCCACACUGGCGAGAAGCCAUAUAUCUGCUCCAAGUGUGGAUUGUGCUUCAGCGACAGCUCCAGCCUCGGACGACACUUCAGGAACCACACGGGGGAUAAACCUUACAGGUGCUUGGAGUGUGGGAAGAGCUUCAACGAGACCACAAGCCUCAUGAAGCAUCACCGAAUUCAUACGGGGGAGAAGCCGUACACCUGCUUGGACUGUGGCAAGAGCUUCAGUGAGAGUACGAAUCUGACGACCCACCAGAGAAUCCACACCGGGGAGAAACCCUAUACAUGCUCGGACUGUGGGAAGAGCUUCAUCCAACGCACACACCUUAGCUCUCACCAAAGAAUCCACACUGGCGAGAAGCCGUAUACGUGCACAGAAUGCGGGAAAUGCUUCAGCGAGAGCUCGAGCCUCGGACGACAUUUCCGAAUCCACACAGGGGAUAAACCUUACAGGUGCUCGGAGUGUGGGAAGAGCUUCAACGAGAGCACAAGCCUUCGGAAGCACCACCGAAUUCACACGGGGGAGAAGCCGUAUUCAUGCUCGGAUUGCGGAAAGAGCUUCAGCCAGAGCUCAAGCCUUACUUCACACAAAAGAAUCCACACUGGGGAGAAACCUUAUAUAUGCUCAGAGUGUGGCAAGAGCUUCAGAGAGAGCACCAACCUGAUGAAGCAUCACCGAAUCCACACUGGAGAGAAACCCUAUACAUGCUCAGAGUGCGGAAAGAGCUUCACAAGGAGUUCCCAGCUGUGCUCACAUGAAACCAUUCACACAGGGGAGAAGCAGUAUAAGUGCUCCGUGUGCGGGAAAAGCUUCAGUGACAGUACCAGCCUCAUGAAACAUCACAGAAUCCACACAGGGGAGAAACCGUAUACCUGUGCAGAAUGCGGAAAGAGCUUCAGCGAGAGUACAAAUCUGACCAAACAUCAGAGAAUCCACACAGGGGAGAAGCCGUAUAAAUGCUCUGAGUGUGGGAAGAGCUUCAUCCAGCUCACCCACCUUAGCUCACAUCAAAGAAUCCACACAGGAACAAGAAGGAAUGUCUGUCCAGUGUGCGGGAAAAGCUUCAAUCGGAAAUCCGACCUGAAUGUCCAUUGGAGAAUCCACACGGGAGAGAAGCCGUAUAAAUGCCUGGAGUGCGGGAAGAACUUCCGGCAGCUUGCCAGCCUCUCUUCACAUCAAAGAAUCCACACAGGGGAGAGACCGUACAAAUGUGCAGAGUGUGGAAAGGGCUUUUAUGACAAAUCAAGCCUUGUUAUACACCAAAGAAUUCACACAGGGGAAAAACCAUAUCAGUGCUCGAUCUGUGGAAAGGGAUUCCAUCAGAGCUUUGGGCUGACGUCCCACCAAAGAAUCCACACAGGAGAGAAACCCUAUGUCUGCUCAGACUGUGGAAAGAGCUUUUAUGACAAACCGCAUCUUGUUCGACACAGAAGAAUCCACACUGGGGAGAAACCCUACACAUGCGCAGAAUGCGGAAAGAGCUUCAGCCAAAUCACAAGCUAUACUUCCCAUCAAAGAAUCCACACAGGAGAGAGGCCUUUUUUCUGCUCAGAUUGCGGGAAGAGCUUUUACGACAAAUCAAACCUUCUUACACACCAAAGAAUUCACACAGGAGAGAAGCGAUAUAAAUGCCUGGAGUGUGGAAAGAGCUUCAGCCAGAAAAAAAGCCUCACUUGCCAUCAAAGCAUCCACACAGGAGAGAAACCGUAUCAGUGCCUGGAGUGUGGAAAGAAUUUCAGGCAGCAUACAGACCUCACUACGCAUCAAAAAAUACACACAGGGGACAGACCGUACCAAUGUCUGGAGUGCGGAAAGCGGUUUUAUAGAAAAGCAGAUCUAAAUAGGCAUCAGAAAAUCCACCCUGGGGUAGAAAGACCCAUUAUUGCUUGGAGCGUUGAGAUGGCUUCAGACGGGGCAUCGCUGUUGUGUCCUAUCGGAGAAUUCACACAGGAAAACCAGUGCUUAACUUCUGAGAUUAAGCAAGAAGAACUUUAUUGCUAAAUGAGUUCCUCUUACUCAUUGGAGAAUCCGCAUAGGAAAGACCCUUCCCCCAAAUAAAUACUUGAAGCACAGGGAGACUGGAUAAAGCGUCCGGAGAAUUCAAAAGCUUGCUCACUGAAUAAAGAUAAUUGCCUUACUGUG